AUGGCAGACUCCGAGAGAAAGGCCGUCCCUGGCGAUGCUGAGGAUACAACGCUGGAGCAGAUGGGUUAUCAGCAAGAGCUCAAGCGUGAGUUUAGCCUUUUAGGGAUGAUUGGGUUCUCUUUCUCGAUAGUAACAUGCUGGAGCGCCCUGGGAGGUGUCCUCGUCACUGGUGUUAAUGCUGGAGGACCGCCGGUGAUGAUCUGGGGGUGGAUUGGAAUCAGCUGCGUUUCGCUAUGCGUUGCCUACUCGAUGGCGGAGAUGUGUUCGGAGUACCCUGUCGCUGGUGGUCAAUACUCAUGGGUUUAUAUUUUGGCCCCGAAGAGCAUACGCCGACAGUUUUCGUACCUCACCGGAUGGUUCAUGAUCAUCGGCAUUCUGGCAAUGGGUGCCACAAACUCUUUCAUCGGUGCGAACUUCAUCCUGGGACAGGCGAACCUAGUCAACCCCAGUUACGAGAUCGAGCGGUGGCACACCGUUCUUGUGGCAUAUUGUAUAACAUUGUUCGCCACUUUUGUCAAUAUGUGGGGCUCAAAAGUACUGGAAAAGAUCUCCAAAGGAGCCUUGAUUUUCAACAUCGUCUCUUUCCUUGCGAUUGUGAUUACUAUCCUUGCAUGUAAUGACCAUAAACAAUCGGCAUCAUUUGUUUUCAAAGACUUCCAAAAUUUUACUGGCUUUAGUGCCUCGAUGGCUGGAAUUAUUGGGAUUCUUCAACCGGCUUUCGGCAUGUGUUGCUAUGAUGCCCCGGCACACAUGUGUGAGGAACUAAAGGAUGCUAGUAAGCAGGCUCCUCGAGCGAUGAUCUUCUCGGUUUACAUCGGUGCACUCACUGGCUUUGUCUUCCUGGUUGCAGUCUGCUUUUGCAUCGGAGAUAUCACUACGGUAGCAGAUACCCCCACACUGGUCCCCUUGAUCCAAAUAUUUUUCGACUCAACCAACAGCAACGUCGGGUCUUGUAUUCUAGCCACGUUGAUCGUGAUCAUCGACUUUGGCUGUGCUAAUGCUCUGCUGGCGGAAGGAGCCCGGUCUUUGUACGCCUUUUCUCGCGAUAAUGGGCUUCCAUUCUCGUCUUUAAUUAGCAAGGUAGAAUCAAAGCAUCAAACUCCAGUUGUGGCGAUUCUCCUCGGGACGGUGGUUCAGAUGGCGUUCAACAGCAUCUAUUUCGGAACGGUCACCGGAUUCAACACUGUGAUUGCAAUUGCAACUCAAGGCUUCUACUUGUCGUAUGCCAUGCCGUUGCUGGUUCGCCUCAUCUCCUACUUCAGUGGCACCCACAGACAGCUCACUGGUCCAUGGGCCAUGAAGCCUCUGGUGUCUGUUGCAGUCAACUUUGUUGGCCUCACGUACCUACUGUUUGCUUGUAUAACGUUCAACUUUCCAUCGGUAUAUCCGGUCACCAGCGAGAAUAUGAAUUAUACAUCUGCUGCAGUCGGGGUAAUCAUGCUGGUCGCUGCCAUAACUUGGUUUGCUACGGCAAAGAAACGGUUCUCGGGGCCCGAGAUUGAGGGGGUGAUGGAUAUAGUUGCGGGCCAUCAUGGAAGCGAUUCUGACGAGGUCAAAAGACCGGAGAAGGAAUGA